UGGAUGAUGAGAACUCCGGUGAAUCUCCUCUGAUCUCCAUAUGGGGAGAAUAUACAGACUCUCAGGAACGUUCUUUCCCGGUUCUGAUGGACUCAAAGGUUCCCUGGUCAGAUGAAGAGACGCUCCAUCUGCUUGACAUCUGGGGGAAGGAUUCGGUGCAGCGAGCCUUGAAGGGCUGCUUAAAAAACCGCCACAUAUUCACUCAAAUCGCGCAGAAGAUGUCCGAGAGGGGCUACAUGAGAACUGUGGAGCAGUGCCAGACGAGGAUCAAACGACUCAAGAAAUGCUUCCGCCAGAGCCUUAAAGGGAACUCAAGGCCAGACCAUAAAUUUUAUUCAAAGCUUGAGCAGAUCAUCGGCUCUUCAUCUGCCUCGUCUGUUCCUGAGAUAACCUAUGAUGUUGAGGAAGUCAUUGAAGAUGACGAGACCCAAGACGGGGAAGAAGACUUGCAGUUUAUUGGACACUCUGGCCAGCUGGAAAUUGGAACUCGAAGUGUUCCUUGGACAGACAUGGAGACUUUAGCCCUCAUCAACAUAUGGAGCGCUGACAAAAUGCAGCAGGAGCUGAGAGGGAACCGAACCGGACACAUUUUCUCCAUCAUAUCCAGCAAGAUGGCCGCCCUGGGCUUUUCCCGCACGCCGGAGCAAUGCCAGACUAGGCUGAAAAGACUCAAAUCCAGCUUCAGGCAGUGCUACCAAAACAAUUUGAAAGGACAUGAGCAAGUUCAGUGCAAGUUUUACAAUGAGCUUGGAAGGAUUUUAGUAAAGGACUUCCAGUCGGUGAUGCUGCUGGAUGACAUGUCAAUGAAGGAUGACGACAGCGAUUUUCUUUCCUACAGUCACCAUAACAUGGAGUCUGCUGUGGGAGUUCAGGAAGACCGGAAGAAAGUACCGUGGUCCGACAAAGAGACCAUCAUCCUCCUGGAGGUUUGGGGUGACCCACAGAUGCAGCAGUGUCUGAGGCGCUACCCGCACAACGGACACAUCUUCACAGAGGUAUCGGAGAAGCUCAACGCCAACGGUUACUCCCGCACCCCGGAGCAGUGCCACACCAGGAUCAAACGACUGAAAGCCGCCUAUCGCCAAUGUAAAGAAAACAUGAGCUCAUCUGGGACGGACCGAGUCGACUUUAAAUUCUAUGAUCUGCUGGAACAGAUUCUGGAAAAGCAACCGUCGACAUCAUCCACCAUAGUACCAGAUUCUAUUGAAAUAUCAGAAGACUCCAAUGAAGAAUCGGGAACAGAGAGAGAUGGAGAGACCCAGGGGGCAUCAGCAGAAAAACCAGCUUCCAACACAUGGUCAGACGAGGAGACCCUGGCACUUAUCGAGAUCUGGGGUGACGAGGACAUCCAGCGGGCUCUGAGGGGCUUCAUCCACAAUGGGCACGUUUACUCUGAGAUCUCAGAAAGGAUGCACGACCUCGGCUUCUCUAGAACCUCAGAGCAGUGCCGCUCCAAAGUCAAGUCUCUGAGGAUCAACUUUCGGCAGUGCUACGACAGAAAGAAGAGUGGAAGAAAAAUAGACUACAAGUUCUACCACCAGCUGGAGCAAAUCCUGGGACAGGAGGCCAUGACGAUCGAUGAGUAUGAUGACCGGGAUGAGCAAGCUGACAUGGAUCCAGGUGUGGCAGAUGAACAGAUGAAGACGUCGUGGUCGGAGGAAGAGACGGUCGCUCUGGUGGAGGUGUGGGCCGCUGAUGACGUGCAGCACAGCCUGAAGACCUACAUGCGUAAUGGGCACGUGUAUGCAGACAUAUCCGAGAAGCUGGCCUCCCUCGGCUACCUGAGGACGGCGGAGCAGUGCCAGCUAAGGAUCAAAAGGCUGAAGAAGACCUAUAGGCGUUACUGCAACAGCCGGAGGAAUGGAGGGCGGCCGGCAGUGUUUCGAUACUUCAACCUUCUAGCUCCGGUGCUUGGCGAUGAUUUGGCAUUUGCAGAUGUAGACGGUUCUGCAGUCGAUGCUACCUUAGAGACCCUAAUGAACCAUGAUCCUGUAAUGUAUGAGCAGCCCUCGACCAGCCAACUCCUGACCGACAUGAGCAGAAAGACGCCCUGGUCGGACCUGGAGACUCGCACCCUGCUGGAGAUCUGGGGGGAAGAAAACGUCCAGCUCACCCUGAGGGGCUGCCUGAAGAACCGGCACGUGUUUGAGUACAUCUCGGAGAAAAUGGGCAACCACGGCUUUGUGAGGACCACGGAGCAGUGCUACACGCGCAUCAAACGCCUCAAAUACGGCUUCGUCCACGAAAAGGAAGAAUUCAAAUUCUUCAAUGAAAUGGACAAGAUCUUUAGGAAGGACCUGAACAUGGACGACUCUGUUGUCAACCCGUUCAUUGUAGAUGAAGCAGAUGACUUUGCACCUGAAGUGCACCAAAUGAAAGUAGCCUCAGGUAAUCACUGGCUGGCCGACAGCUCCAAGAUGGCCUGGGGGGACGGAGAGACUGAGGCCCUGCUGGAAAUUUGGGGGAGCGCUGAGAUCCAGGAGAACCUGAAGGGCGGCAACAAGAACAAAAGCAUCUAUAAGCAGAUCUCUCAGGCCAUGACCAGCCAGGGCUACCUGCGCUCUCCUGAACAGUGUCAGUCCAGAGUAAAGAGGCUGAGGGCCAACUUCAGACAGUUCCUGGAGGGACGACAAGGGGAUAAACAGGAGUGCAAGUUUUUUGAGCAGUUGGUGCAGAUAUUCGGCACCAAGUAUGUGAUGAACUCUGAUUCGCUGACUGAUGAUACACCUGAAGUCAUAGAGUCAUAAAAUCCUUCCUCUUCAUGAUGGUGAUGAUGAUGCAGCAGCUGCAGAUGAACCUGGGUCAUCCAGAUGAACUGAGACACUAAGGCUAAAAUAUUUACUGCUACCACAGAAAAGCUCCCUGUACAUAAUUUAAAUACUUGACAUUCUUUAAAGAUACAGACCUUGUUCAGGCUGAAAUCGUGUGUGUGUGUGUCCCUCCUCUUGAAUAUCUUGUAAUAAAUAAAAACCAGAGCCAUGGCACGAGGCGCUCAGGACUCUAGGGAAGCCGGACGGAGAGCUCCUCCACGAGAACAUGUUUUUGUAGUGAUUAAUUUUUACUUGAACCUAAAGAGACUGAAACGAAGCACAUGUGGGUUAAAGACACAAAGCAGCUCUUACUGUUGCCACAGACUUGCUUUUUCAUCUCAAUUCCUGUCUUACUUCCUCUGCACAUGUUUAUAGUUUGAAAUCCACAAGCUUAGAAUGAAAAACCUCCAAGUCUCUUAUUCUGUACUCAGUGUGAGUUAACUUUGUCCAUAAUUUUAUUUAUUUAACGUAUAUAUGUAUUUUAUAGUUUUACAGUUUGUGUCGCCAAACCUUAUUGCAGUACAUUUGUGCCACAAAACGUGUCCGUUGUUCAUAUUCAUUAAAAACAAUGAAUUGCC